CGACGGAAGAGCAGACUUGAGAAAGGAUAACGAUGUAGUAAUGGACCCGUCUCUCCCUUUCGUCAAAGCUUCAAUCAGCCAUCGCUGAGAAAAGAAGACGAAGGGUAACUAAUAGCCAUUUGGAUUGGAUUAUAAAACAGGAAAAUUAUAUUGUAUCAUAGCUCAUAAUUUAUAUAUCUGCUACUUGAUCUUCCAUAACCACCAUUACUGAUCUCCUAUUCUUCUUCAAUGGCGCUGAUGAGCUCCAGUACUGUUGGUGGUUCUUGCUCCACCGUGGCGGCUCGAUUGAACUAUCACGUUUUCUUGAGCUUCAGAGGAGAAGACACUCGCAGAAACUUCACCGACCACCUGUACGCUGCGUUGCAGCGAAAAGGGAUUGUCACUUUCAGGGACGACCAAGCUCUUGAGGGAUCAGGACAGGUUAUUUCGGAGAAUCUCAUGAAAGCUAUUGAGGAAUCUCUGUUUGCCAUUGUCGUUCUGUCCCAAGACUAUGCAUUCUCGUCUUGGUGUUUGGAUGAACUGCACAAGAUUGUUGAAUCCAAAGAAAACUUGACAGUUUUCCCGGUUUUUUAUGGCGUAGAUCCGUCUGAUGUGCGACACCAAAAGGGAAUUAUUAGGAAAGCUUUUGAGAAACAUGAAGGGAAAUUUCCACUUUGUAAGGUGAGAAGAUGGAGAAGAGCUUUAACACAAGUUGCAAACUUCGCUGGUUGGGAUGCUAGAAACAAGCAUGAAGCAGGAAUCGUAAAAAAUAUUGCUGAAACAAUAUGGACCAAAUUGCGUGUUAAAUUGCCUUCAAAUUUUGCUCAUUUAGUUGGACUUCAAUCAAAGGUAGACACAAUGGUCUCUCUUUUGAAGAUAGGGCUGAAUCAUAAAUGUUUUGUAGGAAUAUGGGGUAUGGGCGGAAUAGGCAAAACGACUCUUUCUAGAGUUGUUUAUGAAACAAUCCGAGACAAAUUUGAAAUUAGUUGCUUUCUUGCCAAUGUAAGGGAGGAUUCAGAACGUAAUGGUCUGGUUUACUUGCAAAAGAAGUUUCUCUCUGGUCUUCAAUUAGAAAACAUUAAAAUCAGUGACUCCCAUGAUGGAGUUGAGGCGAUAAGAAGCUUUUCACGUGAUAAAAAAGUUCUUAUUGUUCUUGAUGAUGUAAGUCAUAUAAGCCAACUACAGAAUUUAGUUGGAGAUAAAGAUUGGUUUGGUGCUGGAAGCAGAAUAAUAGUAACUACGAGAGAUAUACACUUGUUGAUAGCACAUGAUCAGUUUGAGAAGUAUGAAAUGAAGAUGUUAGGAAGAGGUGAAUCCCUCAAUCUCUUGUGUAAGCAUGCCUUCAAAAUGGAUUAUCCUCAACAAGGUUAUUGGGAAUUGUCCAAAACGGUGGUUGAUUAUGCAGGUGGUCUUCCUUUAGCACUCCAAGUGUUAGGCUCGUUUCUUUGUAAAAGAAGUCAAUCUGAAUGGAGAGACACAUUGGAUAAGUUAAAGCAAAAUUUACAUAAAGAUAUUUUCAAGACACUUCGCAUAAGUUAUGAUGGGCUAGAUGAUAAAGAGUUGAAAACAAUAUUCUUAGACAUCGCAUGCUUCUUUAAUUGGGAGAAAAAAGUUGAAGUGAUUAAAAUAUUUGAAAAUUGUGGUCUUCAUCCAACAAUUGGAAUCCAAGUUCUAAUUGAAAAAUCAUUGUUGAGUACUUGCAUUUCAUUGGAUGGCCAAGAACAUGUAUACAUGCAUGAUUUUCUUCAAGAGAUGGGAAAAAACAUUGUUUUGCAAGAAUCUCUGAGUGAUGCUGGCAGACGCAGUAGGUCGUGGUCUUGGGAGCAGAUUGAUCAAGUCUUUAGGGGGAAUACAGGAAGCAAAAGUGUUCAAAGUAUAGUUUUGAACCUAAAGCAACAAUUUGAAGCAAAUUGGCACCCAAAUUGCUUCUCAAAGAUGAGUAAUCUUAGAUUAUUCUGCUUAAGUAAUGUUCAUCUUUUGCAUGGUCUCGAUUCUCUUCCUACUACACUAAAAGUUCUCAAAUGGGAGAAAUAUCCUUUGGAAACUCUACCACGCAAUAUUGACCAACUAUAUCAACUUGUGGACCUUACCUUACAUCGUAGUAGAAUCAAGGAACUUUGGAAUGGAAGACCGUUUUUAGGAAUGUUGAAGUUCAUGGACUUGAGUUUUUCCAAGGAGCUAACUGAAACUCCAGAUUUCAAAGGAGUUCCAAACCUUGAAAGAUUGUUUCUUGAACACUGCAUAAAACUAGUUAAGGUUCAUGGGUCUCUCGGGAAGCUCAAGAACCUCGUUAAGUUGAGUUUGAGAGGUUGCCAAAAUCUUGUGAUCCUUCCCAGGAAAUUGGAAUUAAAUUCUCUGGCGGAGUUUUCUCUCUAUGGUUGCUCAAAGCUUGAAAAGCUUCCUGAAUUUGGAGAAAACAUGAAUUGUCUCUCCAUCUUUGAUCUGAGUGGAACUAACAUAAGAAAAGUUCCCUCUUCCAUUGUUCAUUUGACAAAUCUUAAGGAGCUAUAUCUCCAUGGAUGCAACUGGCAAGCUUGGAAUUCAUGGAGUUUUUUUGGCUACUUUGGUCAUUUGAUAGGUCGGUUUCUGGGGAAUCCAGUAUCCAAGGGAUUGAAGCUUCCCAAUUCUUUCUCGGGCCUUUCUUCAUUAAGAAAACUGGAUUUGAGUUUUAGCAAUCUGUACGAUGGAGCAAUCCCUAAUGACUUAAGCGGCUUAUCAUCAUUGAUGGAUUUUAAUCUGAGGGGAAACAAUUUUACUUCCUUACCUGUUGGCUGCAUCUCCAAUCUUGUUAACCUUGAGCAAUUUGACUUGAGUAAUUGUGUUCAGCUUCAGUCAUUCCCUCAGCUUCCACCUAAUUUAAUUAGAGUAUAUGCUGGUUGCUGCCCUUCUAUUGAACCCUUAUUGGACAUGCAACAUCUCUUGGAAUCACUACUUAUCUAUAAGACAUGUAGUCUUCUCCUACAUGGAGUCAUUUUUCUGCAUAUUUCAGGAGAUAAGAUCCCAAUUACAGUGUUUAAAGAGCAACAAUGUCACAUUGAUCCAUUUGGAGCAAGUGUAUCUAUAAUAGUAGAUAACCCUAAUUUUUCCUAUGAGAGUGAAUUGUGGGGAAUUGCUGUGUGCCUGGUGGUAAAAAGCAAGAAGGCUUUAUAUUACUGCUCAAGAUCCAAAUUUUAUUGGAGAUUCAGAGCUCUUGAAGAAGAUAAAAGCUUGGAGGAACCACAUCAUGUAUUUUAUGUGGGAAAAGCAUAUUCAAUCCCUCAUCUUUACAUAGCAUUUUUUCCUUUGAUCAAUACUCACAAGUUUUGGCGACAUUGCCGCCAACUUGAAUUGCAAAUUGAGGUUGAAAAAGAGUUUAGCAUCAACGAUUGUGGUUGGCGUCUUAUGUGCAAGAAAGAUUUUUGAUGUGUGCCAUACUAGUACUAUCUUCUAAUCCAAAAGCUUCACAAUAACAACUCACAAUCAAUAAUGCUGCCAUGAACUUGAGGAUUUGGGGCAAGAGUAGUGGAUAUCAUAAUCCUUUGAAGAGUGCUAUGCAAACUAUACUCACUUCAAUUUUCUUUCUUUCUUUUUCCUUUUGAAUGAGAAGUAGGGGUUUAAUUUAGGUUAAAGUGUUUUAGUGUUAAUAUUGAUUAUGAGACGUCAAUUUUUUUCCCCCGGCCUGGAGACGUCAAUUUUUCAAACUUUAUUUUAUUUGGGGUUUGAUGGAUGUUUUCUUUGGUAAAGUGAUGUAUUACAAUGGAUAACUAUUGAACAACUUUAAUUGAACAAGGACUGAACACUUGUCCUAUUGACGUAAGGCCGAUGUGAAAAGGCCCAACAAUCA